CAGAAAUCAGACAGGGAGCUGUAAACACCACGUGAUGGAAAGUCCCUGAGUGUGGACGUUUCCCCCCCAACUAUUUUUAGACAACCGCUCAAGCGUAUCAUACUGUACGUGAGCGUCGUCAGUAAUAUUGAUGCUCAUUCUAACCACACGGCCGCCAUGGGUAACCUGAUGGUAUCUUCGGGACAGAAGAACAUCGUGCACAACAAUCAGGUCGAAGUUCAGGAGAUCAACAAGGUGGUUCUGGGGAAGCUUAUCGUGAAGCAUGUCGGGAAUGAGGGUACGGAGGACACAGCACGACAGGCGGUGCUGAGGCAGAUGUUACAGAGGGUCAUCACCGAACUGGAGAGGGAAAAACCCGAGGUGUGGCGUAACGCCGAGCUGGUGAUCUAUGACAUGUACGGGAACGACUACACGGUCCGGGCGGGGAAGGCCGAGAACAAGUUCGUGGUUCACCUGGACGGACAGGACGAGAUCCGGCUCAAGUGUACGGACAGGAGCAGCUUCUUCAGGUGGCCCUGGGAGGGCAGCAGCAGCAAACCGAAGCCCAUAGAGGCAGCGCCUAAACAUUGACUAAACAUUGACAUAGGACAGUGAACCUAAGCCUAUGGAAGCAGCACGUAACGUUGAUACGCAAGAGAGCAAACCUAUAGAAGCAGCACCUUCUAAAUAUU